AACAUUCGCAAUUUUCGCAUCCCUAGCUCAGCGGAAAGUGGUUUUCCAAAAAUUACUGUACGCGCCCCAGCGAAUCGCACACAUGCCGCAGCUAUAUAAUAAUUUAUGUAAAGCGGAGACCGAAUGCGCGUACGCAUGGCGCUUCUGAUGAGCAUUCACCUCUGUUUGAAGUCUCCCCUCUCCAGAAAAGGCGCGAGCGGAGGCCUUCGGUGCCGCCUCCGGAGCGCGGGCACGCUCAGUUUCGGUGCGGCCGCCUCCGAGUGACUGUCCGACCCUUUGACCGCCGCCUCCACAGCGGAUUCUGGACCUAGAGACAUGUAGGAAUUUACACUCAAAAUGGUCGGCUCGGUUUUGUCCAAAGUGUCCACGGAAGUCCGCUGGACACUGAACGCCACCAGUUUCUUUGAGCAGCUUGAAAAUACGACCGAGUUUGCAUCUGUGGCACCGUCAGCCACCCCAAGGAGGCAUCUGGGGGUGGCCAUGCAGGCCGUGAUCACAGCCAGCUACGUACUUGGAGUGGUGGGCAACGGCGCAGCUCUGGUGAUUCUGUCCCGAGAGAAAAAGCGCCCAGGCUGGGGACGCAACACCAGCAAGCACCACCUGAUGCUGCGGUGCCUGGCGGGAAACGACCUGGUCGCCCUGUUGGGCAUGUUGGUGCUGAUGCACGCCCAACUGUACCUGCCACCGCACCUGACCGCCACCCAGGGCUACUGCGUCGCCCGACUCAUGAUGCGCGUCUUCGGCCUCGGUUCCGGGGUGGUGGCGCUCGUCAUGGCCGCCGAAAGGUGGUUGGCCCUUUCGCACCCCUUCGUCUACCAACAGCACGUGACGUACCACCUGAUACGGCGCAGUAUUUUCUCUUUAUGGGCCCUAGUGGUGUUGCUCGUCAGUCUGCCGCUGUUCGGUUUCGGCCAAUAUUACAACCCCGGACCACCCCUUCGCUGUGAGAGGUACAGACAGGCAACCGACCCGGCUGGAAUUGCCUAUGCCUAUCUUUUCUUCAGUUUCGGGUCACUGUUGUGCGUGGCCAUCGUGGGCUUCAACCUGGCGGUGGUGCGCGCCCUGUGCAGCAUUGGCCGCCGCUCCAUGCUGGACCGCAGGGUCAGCAGCCGCUCGUCCACGAACACCCAGUCCAACUACCGCAGCCUGGCCGCCUCCAAGUCGCUGGCGGCCACCCACGAGGAGUUGGCCUUUGUGCGCCUAAUGACCGCCCUCUGCGUCAUUUUCCUCGUCUGCUGGAUGCCCCAAAUGAUUGCAAUCCCAGUUUCACGCAUGUACCCUAGUGCGACACCCCUUCUCCGGUUGGCGGACGUGUUGAUGUCCUUCCACUUCUCCCUCGACCCCUACAUUUACGUCCUCCUGCGAUGUCGGCGCCGACCGUGUGUGCAAGCUUUCCUCAAGAUCGUUUGCCGUUCGUCCAGCUUCCGCCACUCCGACCACCCAAUUUCGGACCACCCCUCAAAACACACCACCUCAGACGCCUCCCACACCCCUAAGACGGCUCCCAGACGUCCAGACAUGGUGCUCGAGCACCGAGUUUGAAGUUCUUGGUGCACUAUUACAUACAUUUAUGUGAUUUGCAGACUCGCAGUAAGAGACUACGCCAAAAGUGGUGUGUUUUUUGCGCAAGUUUCUCAAAAAAUUUGCAUCUUAAAAGCUUGACUUUGACAUCUUUUUUGUAGAUUUUAGUCAUUUUUGCAGUUGAAAAUUUUAUGAGAUUUUUUUAGUGAUUUUGCUGAAUUUUGACCAAUAAGCAGUAUUUGGAUUAGAAAAUAUUGAAAUUGAGACUGGUUGAAUUAAUGGCAAAAAUUUAAUGUUACGGGCCUGCAUUAAAAUAAACACGCUUUUUCGAUUUGUUAUAAAAUUUAACUUAUGAGUUCAAAUGCAUUCCAACUUUCUUUAAGUACAAUCAAUAUUAUAUUUUAAGAUCCGACUGUUUCAAUGCUAGUUACACUCACAAAAGAUGUUCAUGUUUUUGCCCUCAUGAAAGAGGCUUUAAUUAAACAACACUAAUUACGUGUAGAGAAAGAGGACAUUAUUGUACGAAACAUGGUAUUGCUCAUAUUGACUUGUUAAAUGUGCUUUAAAAACAAAACUUUUACAAAUCUCACGCACAUACAUUCAAUUGUGAAAAUUUGAAAUAUAAUGGUAAUUGAACAAUUAAUAUAUACAGAAAUAUAUAAUUUUGUAACUUGAUCGAAAGGCUACUGCUGGCACAGAAUGGUAUUUAUUUUUUAAAACUGUACUGUAAAGUGGAAAAAAAUCAAUGUAAUAAAUUCACUCUGGAAAUAGGAAAUAAUACUCUAGUUGUAAAAACAAUAAAUUUACAUUGCUGGUGCUAACUUAGCAAGUGAAAUGUGAAUAUCCCCCAACGUAUUUUUAUGUUAUUGAUAAAGAAAUGUGCAAACUUCCAAGGAGAAGCAUGUAGCAAAAUUUAGUGAGACCAAUUGAUUUGGCUAUAAAAAGCCAGAACAGAAAAUUGUAUUAAUUUUUGAUUAAACUGUCUGCUCUUUUACCACGAUGAAAUAGAUGUAAUUUGACUAUAUGUGAUGUAUGGAGAACAAAAUUCUGCAAGGAGAAAUAUGAAUGUUAAAUUAAUAAUCUUUGUUUGUAGGCAAAUAUCAAAAUAAAAUAAGUCAAAA